CCUCCCUUUCGCUCGCCAAGAGGGGACUGAAUGGUUACGCUGGGCACGUUGGCUCCAGGAUGUUAGGGACCGUGAAAAUGGAAGGGCACGAAACAAGCGAGUGGAACAGCUACUACGCCGAGACUCAGGAGGCCUAUUCGACGGUGCCCGUGAGCAAUAUGAAUUCUGGCCUGGGCUCCAUGAAUUCCAUGAACAGUUACAUGAGCAUGAAUGCCAUGACUACCAGUGGCAACAUGACUUCGGGCUCCUUCAACAUGUCCUAUGCCAACCCGAGCCUGGGGGCUGGUUUGAGCCCUGGCGGAACUGGAGCCAGCAUGAACAGCAUGUCGGCCAUGGGGUCGGCGCUGAGCCCCAGUAGCAUGAACGCAAUGGGUGCUCCGCAGGCUUCGCUAAAUGGGCUGGGCGCCUACGGGGCCAUGGGGCCCUGCAUGAGCCCCAUGGGAUACGCACCCUCCAACCUGAGCCGUGGCCGUGACGCCAAGAGCUUCAAGCGCAGCUACCCGCACGCCAAGCCACCCUACUCGUACAUCUCACUCAUCACCAUGGCCAUCCAGCAGGCACCCAGCAAGAUGCUGACAUUGAGCGAGAUCUACCAGUGGAUCAUGGACCUCUUUCCUUACUACCGUCAGAACCAGCAACGCUGGCAGAACUCCAUCCGCCACUCGCUCUCCUUCAAUGACUGCUUCGUCAAGGUUGCCCGCUCUCCAGAUAAGCCGGGCAAAGGCUCCUACUGGACGCUGCACCCAGACUCGGGCAACAUGUUUGAGAAUGGCUGCUACCUCCGGCGCCAGAAGCGCUUCAAGUGCGAAAAGCAACCCGGCGCCAAGGGCGGAUCAGGCGGAGGCGAGGGGAGGAAAGACCCAGGCAGUGCCGGCUCGCCCUUGCACCGAGGCCAAGCCAAAGGAGGGCAGCUGGAGGCUGCCUCAUCCAACCCCAGCUCCGGCAGCCCGCAAGCCUUGGACCAAAAUGGGAACGGAGCCGAGCUGAAGCCCUCCGUGGUUGCGGCAGCAGCAGCGGCUGCUGCCGUGGCCUCCGUCCCCAGCGGGCCCACCUUGGCCCCCUUGAGUCACCCGGGCCACGCAUUGGGACCCCAUGAGCCACCGCUGCACCUCAAGGGUGACCCCCACUAUUCCUUCAACCACCCCUUCUCCAUCAACAACCUCAUGUCCUCCUCCGAACAGCAGCACAAGCUGGACUUCAAAGCCUAUGAGCAAGCACUGCAAUAUUCCUCCUAUGGGGCCAGCCUGCCUGGCGGGUUGCCCCUCAGCAGCGCCUCCAUGGGCGGGAGGGGAGCUAUUGAGCCCUCAGCCCUGGAGCCCUCCUACUACCAAGGUGUGUAUUCCAGACCAGUGCUGAACACCUCUUAGCUGGCAGGGUGGGCCUGGAGGGUCAAGCGAGUGGAAUCUUCCCUCCCGGUCUUGUCUGUGUCUCUCUCUCCUUAGAUCUCUGCCCAAACUGACCGUUCGCUUGCCUCCGUCCCUUCCACCCCCAGCCUUCGAUCCGUGCAAGGGAAAACGGAAAGGCAAAUGGAUAACAUAAUAAGCAAAAGAAAGGACUGUUACUUUAUUAUCGUGGUUGUUUGGAUCAUGUAUGCCAGCGUGUCCCGUUUCUCCCGUUUUGGCCUGACAAGUCUGGCAAAUCCCAGCCCAGCCCAGCCCACAUAUACAACCACUGUAUAAACCGGCCUUGCCUUCCCACCCUGUGACCACUGUACAAAGCGAGCAAGGCUUCCAUUUUGGAACUCAUAAUUGGUUGAAUCCCCCCGCCUUUUCUUCUUAGUGGCGAUCUCGCCACGAUUGGGGGGGGGAGUGUGUUCAACAGAAAAGGGAGGCCACUGCUUGAGAGUCGCAUCUUGACCGGACCUGUCUCCUCCGAGCAUUGGGGGCUUCUGGCAGGCCUCUGCGUUGUGCGGGGUUUUCCCAGCCCUGAGGUGGAUUCAGUAGGUCAAAGUUGAGCCCGGACCUACUGGCCUGCAUGUGGCUUUUCCCAGUAAACAACUGGGUGGAGAGUUGACAUUAGAUUAGGAGCGGGAGGCUUUGAGGGAUGCAGUACAGAGAGCGAGAACUCGCCCCCCAUUUGGAGACUUGGGGAAAGGGUGUUUGUUUCACGCACUGCUGGACUCUGUGGCAGAAGUCUGCCCCCCCCCUGCAUAUACCGCCCCAUCAUCUGCCAUGCACAUGUUGUGUUCGAAUGGUUCGGAGUGACCCCAGGGAAGCACGGAUGACAGGCCACAGGCACCUGAUCAAGGGCCAGGUCCGUAACCCCCCUGCCUUGUAAAGGUGCAGAGCACAGAUGGCAAGUGGAAUAGAGAAAGGGCCUCCUGCAUCCUUCAUAAUUCCUUGGGAACGGGAUAGGAUACGGAGCUGUACAGGUCACAGCCUUUUAAGGCAUGUUACUGUUAUUUCAACCCCCCCUUCCCAUAAGCUGUUACUGAGGAGUCUCCUUCAGCAUCAGGAAAUCACUUGGCCACAGGGAUGACCCGAUUAUUUAAUCUCAGAAUCCCCCCCCCCCGGCAUGGGUUCUAGAACUCAAUGACUAUUAUUGUUCCAGCCCUGCGCCGAAGAAUAUUCUGAACUGGGAGAUUGUUCCCAUGGCUGCUUUCAUCAGAUCAGUCUAUUCCCAAAUCAUGAUUGCUACCGCCCUGCUGAAUUUUUUGAAGCCGCUUAAUUCUACCGUUGUUAGCACGUUCAUCCAGUGUUAAUGCACUUUCUACAGUUUUUACAUGAUGUUUUAGCAUAGCCAGACGGGUUUUUCCCCUCCCCCUUUUUGGUUUUUUCCCCCGUUUGCCUUCACAAUAUUCUUAAUUUAUUUGCACGGUUUAUAUUUUCUUUCUUGACAGCUUGAAAGUGCUUUAAAUAAACGGUUUUAAAAUGACACACCAUUUUAAAGAAAAUAAAAAUCUUAAUUUUAUAAUAAAUGUGAUUGUAAUUGAAAAAAAUGUUUUGAUUCCUUUGGUUUUUUUAAUGACAAUAUAAGCCAUGGAGUAUGUUUCCCCCCCCCCUUUUUUUUUAUCAUUUCCA